CACUAGAGAAGAAACAUGACUUUGUGGUAAAGAUGAGAGAUGUAGUGACGAGUCUUCCCCGACCAGUGUUUGUUGUUAUGCGGUACCUCUUUGCAUUCCUUAAUCACCUGUCUGAAUUCAGUGAUGAAAAUAUGAUGGAUCCCUACAACCUUGCCAUUUGCUUUGGUCCCACUCUGGUGCCCAUACCUGAAGACAAAGAUCAGGUUCAGUACCAGAAUUUGGUUAAUGAGUUGAUCAAGAAUAUAAUCAUCUUUAGUGAAGACAUCUUCCCCAGUGAUGGUGGUCAUACCUACGAAAAAUACAUCUCACGUGAUUCUAUAGACCUAGAAGCUGAGGUGGGAGAUGCUCCUUCAGAGGCUCAUGAUGAUGUUGACUCAGAACCUGGACAAUCUGAGGAUGAUUCAGUAUUUAGAGACAAAGACAUAACACUUCAGAUAUUUGGAAAGAGUGAAAUCCUAGAAGCCAUUGCUCAGUUUGACUUCUUAGCAAGGUCAGAACGUGAACUCAGCUUCAACAAAGGAGAUGUGUUGGUCCUUCAGUCACAAGUAUCCAGUGACUGGUGGAGAGGUUCAUUCCAAGGAAAACAGGGCCUCAUACCUGACAAGUAUAUCCUUUUGAAGAUUAGAGAUGAAGACAAAGAUCGUCUCAGUGACCGUGGUGCUGCUGAAGUGUUACGGAGACGUGCAUCCUCUUCCUCGGAGUCCAUCUUGUCUUCCUCUACACAACAAUCUUCUGAUGGUGUGAUCAGGCCAACAUCUCAUAAUGGGGCAGCCCAGGCACCCCUCUCACCCUCUCCAGCUUCAAUGCAAAGCCAAGACUCGUGUGCCAGCCCUGUGAGUCGUGAUGGCCUUGGAGGAGCCUCAUCCUCGCUAGGGCUAGACUCUGGCGGGGUAUCGGACGGGGCACAAGCAGACGGGGCUCGCUCAUCCUCACCGCUGCCGAGCACCCCAGGGCAGGCCUCCCACUCCCCUACCCCCCCACACUCCCUUCAACACGGGGCUUGUCUCUCCCUAUCAGAUGUGUCGAGUAUCGUGUCUGUCCAGGAGGAGGCAGGGGAGUUCCUCGGUAGUGAAUGCUCUCUGCAGGUCACCUUGCAGGGUGAAAGUGGAGGUAUUGCCCCCACCUCCCCCAAUUCCCCCCAACCCUGCCAGCACUCUACAUGCCCCCUCCUUGAGCCGGUGACCCAGCCUGUGGCCCCUUCACUGGUGGAGGAAACAACUGAGCAGGCCAAGAUGGAGGAGUCUCCGAAGGGCAAAAACCUGGAGCAGUUAAGCAUCAGUAUAAUAAAUUCCUCUACCAGUGACUCUAUGAGUGUGGGGUCACUGUCACGUAGUAUGUUAGAAGUUCGAGAAGAUGCAGGGGAGCGUGCAGAAGGUAACUCUUGGGAGCAGAGACCUCGACGCCCCUCUCAAGGUUCCAGCCUUUCUUCUAGUAGUUCAGAAGAACGUCUUAAUUAUUCUGCGCCUCGCACAUUCUGGGAACGACGAGGUAAACCUAAACCUGUAGCUGGAGCUCCAGAUUUGGUGAUGGAUCUUCCAGUCACACCAUUAUCGUCUUCCCCCAAAGAACAAGGUGGUAUCAGUCCCAGAUUACGCCGCACCCACCUUCAUCGUGAGAGCCAAAGUUACGACAGUUCUUCCUCGUCUGGAGGCUCAUCACCAGGCACCCAAUCUCCUGACAUGACCGCAGGGGAAGUUUUCGCUAAACAAAACCAGUGUACAUUGAAGAAAACUCCAGCCCUCAAAUCUUUCGGUGGAUACAGUACAGAUGCACAAACUCAGACAAUAGUGCCAGUCAAAGUAACAUCGUCCCUUAGCCUAACACAGAGAAACAUUGAUAGUACAGAGUUGAGGAUAACAGAGGGAGAAGAAUCAUCAGUAUCCAGCAUUGUACGCAGUUUAGACAAUGUGAUGCAACAACUGGACUCGGAGAUGCGGAGUGAGCGCACAGAAGUUUCCACUGAUGUUCGAGUAGAGAUACGGUCAGCUUCGGAAAAGCCACAGGAGGUAACAGUUGCACCAUCAACUCCAAAGCUGGCUGCACGAUACCUACAGGCUGUGGCAGCAUCAACAGGUGGAUCAACGCCUGCACUAAAACCACCUGUUCGAGUAAAGCCAUCUGUACUCAAGAAACCAUCUUUAACACGAGGCUCACCUGAACCUGAGCCACCAAAGUAAAUAAACUAAUGGCUCUUGAUUGGAGCACUUAAUAGUAAUGUUUUUAACCAGUACAGUAUUGGCUUCAGACAGGGAAAUGGGCCUUAUUGACAUUUUAAUUAGUGUUGUAUUCAGUAAUGUUUGUGCGGUGUAGAUGAAAUUCUAGUUCUGUUGAUAAUUGUAAUUAGGCCAUGUAUGAAAAUGGUUCACCUAAAACUCACAAGUGGUCUUGAUUUUGACGAGGAAUUUAUUUUACAUUAAACCAUAUUUCAUUUAAAUGGUGUGGCGAUCUGUUUCCAGAAAAUUAUACUUAAAACAAUGCAGGUAUAAGUGUUUCGUUGCAGAAGAAAGCAUAUUAUGUUACAGUGAAAAGCUGCAUUUAGUGUGCCUCCUUAACAUGUGGAAAACAGUGAUGUGUUGUGCUGACUUAACAGUUCAUAGGUUUACUGCCUUUGUUGAAUUUGUUAGCAUAUCUUAUCAGACACAAAGACAAAGGAGUGUCUUUGUAAGAAUUCCAAAACAUUUUGUUAAAAUAUUACACAAGAGUCUGUGAAGGGAUAUUAACCUGAAAUAUAAUACAUACUGCUGCGAACUUAUUGCUCAAGGUGAUGGUGCACGUGCAAGAAACUGAUUCUUCCAAUGCAUUUCCUUUAUGAAGCAGUAUUCAUGACAUCUUCAGCCUUUGUCAGUACAGUACUUCAUCAAGGUCAGUUUAUUAAUUUGACAGGAAAUUACUUGAUGGUAAAUAAGAAAAUAGAAAUUUUUGUGUUGAAAUGCCAAGAGAACGGUUUUAUCCGAAAUUAUAUCAGUAUUAGGUGACCAUCUUCAGAAGUCUAAACAAAUUGGAUGUGUAAAGUAUGUGUUUGUAUGUAUUGAAGAGGAUUAUGCAUAUAAAACUGAAUGCUUUCAUGCACAUGUCAGGAAAUGCACACCUAGUCAACCUUGCUGGGGGAAAUUUUUGAUGAACUUUAUUUUGUAAGUGAAGUUUCAAAAGCAUCUCUUGUCUUAACAACAUAACACUUGAGAUUUUUUCUCCCUAAAUACAAAAUUAUGUAUCGACUGAAGUGCAUUCUUGCCCAGAUGGUGUCAGUGCUGAUCUUGAAUGGUGCUUCCAAAGUGCUGAUGUGUUGAAGAAACUGAUCCCAGGAAAGUUAUUGGGUGCUGAAGGAGAGAUCCAGGGGAAAGGAUAUGAGCUUAGUAUAUAUUUUGAUGACCAUUCCUAUAAAUAAUUAGUGGUGAAAAUUAUCUAUAUGCAAGGUGAAACUGUGGCAAGAGGAGAGUAGUAGUAAUAGUGCUGUACUAGGAAUGACAAAACGCUUCAUACUUUUGAGCUUACUUGAAUUCCGGGAAGCUGCUCAUCCUACUCACAUUUGUAAACAUACCAAACAGAUAUUAAAUUGUAAGAGAUUAGUUUAUAGUGAAGCAUGAAGCACAAUUAUGUGAUACAUGAUAAAGGACCAAUCUGCUAAGUGCUUAUUUUCCUAUACAAGUACUGUAGUGACAGAAUCAUUAUUCUUGUGACCCAGACAUCCAGUGGUUUUGGGGUCCUUUGCAGAUAAUUGAAUUUUGGAUCUGAAAUCCCCAUUGUAAAUAUAUGUAUAAUUUUUUCCUUUUCCAAAAAAAAAAAAAAAAAAAACAUGACACAAGGGCACAUUGGAAGUGGGCAUAAGCAAAUCCUGGGAAGGGUGGGAAGAGGAGAAUAUACAGUUGUUGACUUUAGAUAUAUUCUCAGGUCAUACAUCCUUGUGGAAGCAAUGAAUCUCAAAGCUAAAAUUUAUAUAGUGAAUUCAAAAAAUUUACUGUCUAGUGUGUUACCCAAUGUGGAGAUAAUUACCAUAUACUAUAUGCUAUUUUUUCUAACUGAUAUUUGUCAAGUAAGGCUCCUCUUCCAUCUCCAGCUCAUGUGAGUGAGUUGCAAGAUAGCUGAGAUACUUACAUUAUUGUCUAUAGCCUGAGGAGUGUUUGGCCAAAAUGUUGAUCAUGUGUGCUUCGAAUAAUUGAAAGUAGAAAUUACCAGUAUAAAAAUUAACAAUCACUUCUCUGUGCAACAUGCUGUUAUGAAACAAAUUAUUCAUUAGAAGCUUCAUCAGUCUUGUUUACUGGAUGUCUCAUUAUACACUAUCCAGAUUCAUUUAUAACUGAAAUUAAUUGUAACAUUUACAGUAGUUACUUAAAUUUUAUCAUUUUCAUAUUUGUAUUGCAUCUGGUAACACAUUGGACAAUAAUGGGUAGCAUUAUGAUAUUUCAUCGCACAUUUUAUAAAAAUAUUUUUUUUAAUGCAGUGUACAGUGCUGUUUUGUAGUUAGAAUAUUAUUUAACCCUCCACUUCUGUUACUUAGAUUUUUAAAUUAGUAUGGCCAGUGUUCAGACAUGUAAGUAGAUUUUUAAAUGAAAUUAGUAUGGCCAGUGUUCGAAUAUGUAAGUUAACUUCAAAAAAAAAAAAAAAACUAGCUGCUCAUUGUGGGUUAACCUAGCAACAGGAAAAUUAAAUUAAACACAGAUGUUGACUUUGCAAAUAUUGUAUUUUAGAUCAUAUUUCCAUUCAUUGCACCGUCUUAGCCAUAAAUCCACUCUUGUGGGAGUGUAGAGGGGAAUAAUAGUUUUUCAAUUUCUUAACUUGUCUUCCGGUCCAAGAGUAUGAGUGCCUCACAUCCAAGUAUUCUGCUGUGGAAUCAGAGCAUUUCGCAAUGGAGUAAUGUGAGAUAUUUUAGUAAUCCUUACAGUGGUCUUGUGUUAAUGACUUUCCUCACAUUUAGAUACAGUUGGAGGAGCAUAAGCUAUAGAGGUCACAGGCUUCAGCAAUGUUUUUUGUAAUUAACAACAGUUUCUCAGAUUAAUUUUGUACGAAUUUAUAUUUUAAUUUUUAUAUUUAUUAAUGUAGCCAAGAGAAAUCCAUACCCCAGGCAUGAGAUUAAUAUUUUUCAAAAUGACAGCAAUUAGCAGAUAUGGCCUUCUCUUGGCCAUGUGUAAAUUCCUCAUAUGAUGGAAUCAGACAUGUGUGACCUCUUGAGGCAGGCUGACAAUGUGUUCAAGUGUGAGAGUGUAACUUAGAGUGUCUCUCGAGAACACAAUUGGUUUGACAUCUUGAUGCUGGUUAUGAGUAUGAUACAGUGUUAGAUAAAAUUCCAAGUUGCUAUGUCUUUCAUUGUCUUCAUUUAUAGCAGUUAUCCCAGAUGAGAAAAUGCUGGUAAAUUUAGUGAAUAUGAAGUUAAUAUUGUAAUGUUAAUGCUAUUGUAAAAUUCAGUAAGUUUGAGUUAGAGAUACAAAGACUAUAAGGUGCACAUUUUCACUAUUACUUUAAAGAUAAAUGAUAGUAUUGGAAGUAUAUACCUGUGAUUGCUGUGCUCAGAAAGUUUUAUUUUAUUUAGAGACCAUGGAACCUGUUGCAUACUUUCGGAGUAGACAAAUGCUCUUUUGCAGGAUGAAAGGCUGAUAGUGUGGCCCUUGUGUCUCGUUGUCUGUCUGGUUGUUUUGUUUUCAACUUCUCAUCUGCUUUCUUACUCAUCUCUACAGGACUUGUUGUCUCCUUUCUUUAUUUACUUAUUUCGUUAUGAGACUACAGGCUUUAAAUUGUACUAUUUUACUUGCAGUGUUAAAAAUAAUAAAAUAUUUUGAAAGUA